UAGAAAAUGGAUUUAAUGUUGCCAGUAGAAAAUAAAUUCUUGAAUUUUAUUUUAUUUCUGGCUAAUUGAUAAUAAACAUUAAAUUUUAGUAAUUGCUUCAAUAUGCAACUCAAAAUUUUUAUUAUUUAUUUUUUUAUUUUAGCUGAAAAAAAAGAUAGGGUAAGAGUAGAACCAAUAAAAGAUGUGAUAGCGCCCUCUUACACACCUAAGCAUAACUACUACGCAAUCGCGCAUCAUCGUCAUUACAAAUAACGCCAUCUAUAUUUCAGUUUCUUUAAUAUCUUACAUUAUAAUACUACCAAAUUAAAAUGACACUUCCAUGUAAGGACCUCAAUGUAUUUACUGUCUCACUUCAUUUUGCAGACCUAUAAUGAUACGUUUUCUCGUUUGCCACUAUUAAGAUUGUCACCCCUGGGCAGGAGCUACAGUACCAUUCGUGUAAAUUCUGUGAAUAACUGAUUUGUGGCGUUAACUCACUGUGUACUUAGUUGCGAUAAAAUUCAUUAUUCAUAUGCUGAAAAAUAGAUAUAAUUAUUUUGAAAAAGCAAAGCAAAUAUGGCAAGAUUAGGCAAAACUGCCCAAGAGUUUAUUCAAGACUCAUUUUCACCGAUUAUCGCAGUUUUGUGCAGUCCAAAAGUAGAAAAUGUUGUUUCAAAGAAUAACUUGUCUUUUACUGAAAUGUUACAACCAUUUACCACUAUGGAUUGGGAAGGUCAAUUCCGUGACCCAAGUGGAAAUGUUUGUACUAUAAAAAACUGGAAAUUAAUAAUAAGAGAUGUUAACUGGAAGCCAUUACAACCCACUGAAGCCAGAAGAGAGUUAAACAAUGCUGUGUUACACAAUUAUCAUGAUAAAACAGUAACUCUCGAAAUUGAUGGUAGAAAAUUUCAUGUUCCCCAGUCAACACAUUGGUUUGAUGCCUGGAGAGAGACCUAUUUAGAAGUCCAAUUUCCAUCAGACCAUGAAUUUACGAAACACUUUAUUUCUUGUGUAAUUGUUGGCACCACUUUAGAUGACAAUGUAAUAGAUAGUUUCAACAAUUUAAACCAACACUAUGCCCAGUUGCAAAAUGUUGCUCCACCAAAAUUACCUAAAUGGUUCAACAGUGGGGUUUUGAAGUCUUAUCUCCUACUUCAUGAUGUGUCAGCUGUCUCUAAAGAAAAAGCUGAUGCUGCAUUUGAUAUGCUGAAACAGAAUUUCGGAGCAAACAACUGCUUCAUGUUAUCAAUUAACUCAAAAAGUACCUUAGACCAAAAUGUAUCAUCUGAUUUGUGGGCUCAGUUUGUUAAAAGAUCACCACAAACUAAUAAUGAGAUGUCUUCAUCUCUUACAAACCUGCCCACCACUCCAUCAGAGCCGCAAGCAGUAUUUCCACCAGCUGCAGCUAACAUAACAGAUGACAAUGCAACAGUGAUUACUUCAAUCAAUCCAGAAACUCUUCACCCUCUGACUGCAGCCGAAACAGAUGUUUAUGAUAAUGCAAAUAGUUUGCAGACCCAUUCAUUCUCUGGUAGUUCUGAGAGCAUGAGUGUUGCUGGAAAAGGCCCAGAUUUUUCCACUGAGGUCCAUGGUACAGCUCUGAACGCAAGUGAUGUUGAAGCAAUUAAGAAGUUCUUACAGGAGUAUGCUUCAAAAGCAUUGUUACCAUACAUGGAAAAGCAAAUAUCACAGCUAUCUGAAGUCGUUGCAAAUAGAAAGGGUGUCAGUAGAUCAUUACUGUCAGCCACUAAGCGAUGGUUCGGAACUGGAAAAGGUGGAAAUACAACAGGCAACAGCACAGUUAUCUACACAAGUGACUGUCCUGAGCUUCAACUACGUCGACUGGGCGACCUGUGGUUCCUAUGUCGGCAAUGGCAACGUGCGUUCGACACGUACCACACAGCGAAGAGAGAGUUCUACGCCGACAGCGCCUGGCUCUGCUACGCCGGCGCGCUAGAAAUGGCCGCCAUCAGCGCCUUCAUGGCGGCGGACUCGAAUCGCAAAACACACGGCUACAUGGAAGAAAGUAUUGUUACUUACCUUAACACCUGUAGGAUGGUGCAAUACGCAGUCAGGGCCACGUUGCUGUCUGUGCUUUGUUUGAGCGGUUCUGGCUUGCACGGCGAGGCUGCUAAACAAUUGAUUCGAAUGACGUCGGAGGACAGCGAUUUGCGUAGCGCUAUGCUUCUAGAACAAGCAGCCCUAUGUUUCUUAUCUGGUCCCGCCUCUAAAGGCAUGUGCAGGAAAUAUGCCUUUCAUAUGGUACUUGCGGGACACAGAUUUUCAAAAGCAGGGCAAAAGAAGCAUGCGUACAGAUGUUACAAACAAGCUUAUCAGGUGUACAGCGAGAGCGGGUGGCGGCUGGCGACGGACCACGUGCAGUUCGCGCUGGGGCGGCUGGCGGGCGCGCUGCGCCUGGCGCGCGAGGCGCGGCGCUGGCUGGCGGCGCCGCUCGCGCCCCGCGGCCCGCAGCCGCCGCACCAGCAGCUCGCCUUCCUGCAGGAGUACAUGGCCGCGCACCAGCAAUGGGUGGAAAGCAACCCCGAAGUGGCGAGCGUGCUGGAGGAGCUGCCGCUGCCGCUGGUGGAGGCGCGGCAGACGGGCGUGCUGUGCGUGGGGCCAGCGCCGCUGGGCUCGCCGCGCCGCCGCGCCGCCUCGUCGCUGUCGCUGGCGCCCGACGCGCCCGCCGCCGCCGCCGCCGCGCCCGCCUGGCGCCGCCUCGAGGAGAUGCUGCUGCAAGUGGCGCAAGGAGCAGUGCCCAUGAUAUUCAAGCCCACCGUAGAUUUGUACACCGAUGCGACGGACGCAGAACCGCUCGUGCCACAAGGAGAGCCCAUUCAGAUCUCAGUUACUUUAUGGAAUCCCUUGAAGAUUUCACUAAUUCUAAAAGAUGUGGAGUUAUUGUGGCGAUUCGUAACAACUGCCGAUGGUGAUGCAGCUGGUGACGAGGAAGUGUUGAGCAAUGAGCAGGCGGUCUCUGCGGGACAGGCACUGGAAAGCAACACAAUAUUUAGCCAGAAAAUUAAAUCAGUAAUUCUGGAAGGAGAUACCAAAAAAGUAUUAAUUUUCACCCUAACACCUCUAAAAGUCGGCCGACUGAAUGUACAUGGCUUAGCUUACAAGCUGAUCAAUACCGGGGAAGGAGGUACUGAAAACGGUAACAGUAUGACAAUAUCAGGCAAAGUGAAUUUAACCCCCCCAGGCAAAAGCCCGGAUAAGCGACUGCAAAUUACAGUUAUUCCAGAAGCUCCUUGCUUGCAAAUGACAUUUUCUGAGACAAGUUCGGACAUUAUAAGCGGAGAAAUGAGGACUAUUGAUGUAGAAUUUACAAAUGUAGGGCCUGUGGACAUGAAUAAUCUUUAUGUUGCUGUAUCUCAUCCGGAUUGCGUCAAUAUUGUCACCGGCGAGGAAGAAAAUGAUUUUCAAGUUUUAUAUGACGAGAAGUACCGCGAGCCACCCUCGUAUUCAGACGAGCGCGCGGCUCGCGCGGCGCGGUGGCGCGCGGCGGCGGCGCGGCACGUGCGCGGCGUGUGCGCGCGCCUGGCGCCCCGCGCCGCGGCCCGCGCGCGCCUGCAGCUGCGCCCGCGGGCCCCGGCGCAGCCGCUGCUGCUGCUCGCCUACCACGACACGGGCCUGCGCGCGCGCCCCUACCGCCUGCUGCGACACGUCUUCCGCUUCCGAGUCACCGAGGCCGUAGAGCUAGCAGUCACUCCACGUCGAAGCCUCCGACGAGUUGACGGCGAAGUCGUCGAAAAUAUGAGUUUGGCAGUUGAAAUCAAAAACAUAUUUAACGAGAAAGGUGAAGACUUGAGCGUGGAAAUAUUAGAAGCGUCGUUACUGAGUCGACAGUGGAGCCUGAAGAGCCUCGUGGCGGCGCGCGGCGCGGCCGAGCCGCUGCAGGCGCGCGACAAGCUGCACCUCGUGCUGCGCGCGCAGCGCCUGACGAGCCCGCCCGCCGCCGUCGCCGCCUCGCGCCUCAAGAUCAACCAGCACCACCCCGACGCUGCGCCCGACAUCAACGUGCCGCCCUACUCCAAAUUCGUGCUGGAUGCCCAACAAUCUUACAUUGAUGCCCCCGACGCCGCCAUUGCUCAGGACACUCCUGAUAAAAGAACAGGACUAAUACAGUCCAUGUUUGUUCUACGAUGGAAAGCGCAUGAAAAAACCAAAGGAAAGACCGCUGUCGGUCAACAUUGCUUGUGGCUGGAUUGCUUCACAAAAGCUAUAUCUCGAGAAAGGGAAUAUAUUCCCGGAGAAGCGGCUCCCAUUCAAAUUGAUGAAUACGAAAGCAAAUUAGAUUUACGCGAGUCUAACACAAAAACAAAGAAAGAUAAUGUUGUUAUAUUUCGAUUGGAACAUUCCAACCACAUUAAUCAUAAUUUUAAUGAAACUAAACUAUGUUUGGUACCAGUUACUUUGAAUUUUGUAAAUUGCUAUGGAGUUCCCGUUAAAGUCUUCAUAGACAUGUCAAAACAGAAAAACAGGGAGCUGUCCGGAGAGCUUGGUUGGGCGGGCGCGCUCAGCUAUGGCAGCGAUGUAGAAGCUAAAGAACUCGGCGUCAGCGUUGAUCUGGACAAGUUCGAGUCCAAACGCGUGCAAGUGCGAGGCGUUUGUGCCGCUCCGGGAACAUAUCUCGUUGGCUCGGCAUUUUCCGUGUCUACCACCGGCCAAGAUGCCAAUCUAAAUGUUUCAAAUGUUUCCAACAAUACCUCGUUAUUGGUAGUCGAGCAAGCCGCGUAGAUAUAAUAAGCUUCGGUGCUAUAGCCUGCAGUAUUUUUCUUUUUAUGUUAUAUUUUUACCUUUCUUGAACCGUACUUAUAACAUGGCUAAGUAAUAGCAGCUAAGUAAAAAACGGCAUCGCAAUGUGUGCUAAGCAGACCAAUCUGAUUACCUAAUGCAGUGGAAGAUAUAUUGCAUUGGCGUUACGAUAAAUCAAAUAUGUAUAUCUAUAAUUUGUCAAUACAUAUACAGUCUUUCCCUAAUACGAGUGAUUGUCGCUUGGCUUAUACACUCUUUUGCAAAAAAAACGGGCACCUAUGCGAAAUCUUGGUUUUAAGGCGUUCACGUGUAUUUCAAAGGGUUUUAAUGACUGUAGGAUGUUACUAGCAUCAAAAGGGUUAGCCAAGCAUGCGUGAGAGUGUAUUCUAAAUUUGAAUUUUGUAGAUUUGCUAAGAAACUGGUUAAACCUUGUUUUGGACUAAUUCCUGGUAGAAAGUUCGUGGGCAUUUUGAAAAGUUUUUGACGUGAUUUUCGGAAAACUGAAAAUGCAGUUUUAAUUGAUGAUUCAUGUACAUUUCUGUUAAAUCAAAACAUUUUUGAAAAACUAUCCGUAUUUGAUAAAAUUUUCACCUACUCUAAAUGGUCUAUGCUGAUGAUUGAUGGCAAUGUUCAGAGUUUCGGUAUUCUUGCGUAAAGCGUUCUAUUGUUUAGAUAUUGUGUCCACGCGUUUUGAAAUAACCCUUUCUCAUAAAUAAACACAAAUUAGAGGAGUAUCAGUACUUUGGGCUGCGACAGAACAAAUUUAAUGUUAGCAGAACCAGACCACAACUCGUCUCCUAUCACACUUUGACAUUAAAAAAAUACCAAAUUUGGUGAUAAAUGCAAAAAUAACCAUAUGAAAGAUAAUAAGAAGGGUUAAAACUGUCCAAAAAGUCAAAUUAUUGCCGCGUUGAAGCUCUCGAUAACUCCAUAGGUGUCGGGUUACUAAACGAUGAUUCAGCUGAAAGGGAGUUAUGACUUCAAAAUGAUUGGCCAAACGUAUGUUUUCUUUUUUUAAUGAUCAGUUAGCCAAUUAUUGUUGAUUUAAGCAGGAAAUUGCUGAGGAUACCAGAAAACUUUGGAGUAGAUGGGUUUAUUUAAUAAAAUGUCCGUGGGAUGAAAACCCGCUAUUUGAACGCUCAGACUCAUAGAUCUUUAGAGGUCUACGGGGUUUCCCAAGAGGCGAGGUUAUUUAAAAAUCAGUGAUUACGAGACCUUAAGACCUCGUGCUCACAGUCUAUGCGUUAUUUUUUGUAUUUUGUAGAAUUUCAAGAAUUUUCAAAAUGUCAAAGUGUGAUAGGAGCCGACUUGUGAACGGCACUGCUAUCUUUAAAUUGGUUUAGUUGCAGCCCAAAGUACUGAUACUCCUCUAAAAUGUGUUUAUUUAUGAGAAAGGGUUAUUUUAAAACACGUGGACACAAUAUCUAAACAAUAGAACGCUUUACGCAAAAAUACCGAAACUCUGAACAUUGCCAUCAAUCAUCAGCAUAGACCAUUUAGAGCAGGUGAAAAUUUUAUCAAAUACGGAUAGUUUUUCAAAAAUGUUUAGAUUUAACAGAAAGGUACAUUAAUCUUUAAUUAAAACUGCAUAAUCAGUUUUCCGAAAAUCACGUCAAAAACUUAAAAAAAACCGCUACGAACUGUCUAUCAGGAAUUAGUCCAAAACAAGGUUUAACCAGUUUCCUAGGAAAUCUACGAAAUUUAAAUUUAGAAUACACUCUCACGCAUGCUUGGCUAACCCUUUUGAUGCUAGUAACAUCCUACAGUCAUUAAAACCCUUUGAAAUACACGUGAAGUCCUUAAAACCAAGAUUUCGCAUAGGUGCCCGUUUUUUUUGCAAAAGAGUUUAUUAGCGUCAAGCUGUAGAAAGUACCUUCCAGCCAAAUGCAAAAUACGCAAACUGUAUAAAAAAUAAGUUUCUGUCAGUGAGAAAUUCAAGUGUAAAAGAUGUUUACCUAAGUUGACAUUCGAUAUUAUGAGGCGCGUUUUAUCAAUUUUUUAUACACACACAGUUAUAAUAACUCAAACCAAUUUUUGAUAUCCUUGUUUCUUGUCAAUAGGAUCGCUUUUUUCGGUAAGUAGGUAUAUCGGUUAAGUAACUUGUGACUUCUGAAACGUAAAAUUGUGCGGUCGGUCCUUUCGCAUUUUCUUAUUCUUUUGGAUAUUUUUUUUAACCCCUCAAUGUUUAAAAAAAUCGUGUUCGCUUCGAUCGCAUUCAUUCGGGUACAAGAUGUAAAAGAUCGAUAACCUUAUUUUCUUUCCUCAAGAGUACAAAAAUGCGCCCUGUCUGCUCGCGUCUUUCUUGUAAUUUCAUACAGUUAUUGUAUCUAUGUAUAUCGUUAUCCGCUUGCUAAAGAAAUGCCCAGGUGCAUAUGCAUGUUAAUUAUAAUUAUUACCUGUGUAUAUUGUUUAUUUAUUGGAAACACUUUUUAAUGUUCUUGUUAAGUAGAUAAGUAUAGGAUAUACGUUUUUAUGUUAGAAGAGAUGUAUGUAUCUACCAUCCUGAUUUUUAAUUAUAAUAUGGAAAUGCAAAAACUUUUUUUCUAUGCUUGUAAAACCACCGACAUUUCUGACUUCAGUUUGUAUGUGUUCUCGAAAUGAAGUAUUUUUAUUGGCUCCGUAUCAUAAUAACACAAUUUUAUAGUUUUCUUUGACGACUGUUCAUGGUGAGAUUUAUAAUAUAAAUCUAUAAAAUAAAGAUGUUGAUAAAUAA